ACAUUUUUGUCUCAUAACAACUAACUAGCUAGCAGCGUUUGCUACAUACCUUCCAUAUAUAUAUAUAUAUACUAUAUAUAUGUGUAUAUAUCUAUGCAUAGCUUCUAGCAGAAGUGGUCGAGUUUCAUCUUAAUCAUAUCAAAACAAUGGCGUCGCAGCAGAUGGUCGGUAACAGUGCUCAGAUGGGCGUUCAGCAAGCGGCUGUUUUACAGUCUCAACAGCAGCAGCAGCUCAGUCAACAACAGGAUUUCGAUCCCGUUCACAGAUUCAAAAUGCUGAUUCCUCUGCUCAAAGAUAGUUUACAGAACGUAAUGACCGUUGCUUCACUUAAUUUUGGACACAAUGCAGUUAUUGACAACGGCUUAAACACAACCGAGAAGGGUAAUGAUGCAGCAGUUCAGCGAUUUGACAAAAGUUUAGAGGAGUUUUAUGCUCUCUGUGAUCAACUGGAGCUCUGCCUGCGGCUGGCCCACGAGUGCCUAUCGCAGAGCAUCGACAGCACAAAGCACUCUCCAAAUCUCGUACCUACAGCCACCAAACCGGACACAGUGCAGACAGAGUCUCUGUCUUACUCUCAGUAUCUCAGUAUGAUCAAAUCACAGAUCUCAUGUGCUAAAGACAUUCAUAAUGCUCUCUUAGAGUGUUCAAAGAAGAUCGCUGGGAAGGGUCAAGGAGCUUGUAAUUAGGCUGGAUUGGAUUUAGUUUGCUUUUUUAUUUGUAUUUUACAUAGCUUUGAUGCUGAUUUAGGAAUAUAUAUAUAUAUAUUUUGUAUUGUCAUUUCAUUUGGUCUGUUUACUAUUGUGACAAAUGUACUUGUACAAUUACAGUUAUAUAUUCUUGAAAAGGAAUUUGUUUGUGUGUGUGUGUUGUAAUAUACUUUUUUGGUCAACAAGCUA